AUGGACCCCUGCUUCAGAAAGACCACUAAGCCGAUGAAGCCGGUGGCUGGAGUGAAAAGGUCCAAGCUUCUCCAGGCAUUGAAUGGGGAAAUAAGGAAAGAAUGUACUGUCUCCAAGACGAUUCAGGAGCCUGGACCUUCUUCUGACACUUCUUCUGGACCUUCUUCUGCUGCUGCCAACACUUCUUCUGGACCUUCUUCUGCUGCUGCCAACACUUCAAAGCCUCUGCCUGUCUCCAAGAUUUCUCCAGAGCCUGGAUUGUCAACUUCUAUCGUCAAGAAUAUUCAAGAGCCUGGACUUUCUUCUGGACCUUCUUCUUCUGCUGCCAACACUUUGAAACCUAGGCCUCCAUCAUCGCCAUCGUCUUCUUCUUCAUCAUCUUUUGACUCCUUGUCUUCAUCAUCCUCAUCCUCGUCUUCUACGUCAUCCCCCCGAAAACAAAGAAAUACCUCCCCUCUAUCAAUGCUACUUUCUCCCUUGAUUGUCUCCUUACUAUCCCCUAUCAAAUCUCCUGAAAAGCCAUCUCUUCCCAAAGAUAAGCCGUCUCCUCUCAAAAACAAGUCAUCUCCUAACAAAGAUAAGUCAUAA